AUGGGUUCUCUCACUCCUUAUCAGCGCAAACACAAGGUGACCGUGGUAGGCUCCGGUAACUGGGGUACCGCCAUCGCUAAGAUUGUCGCCGAAAAUGCCGCUAGUAAUCCGGAUGUCUUCGAGGAGAAGGUUGAGAUGUGGGUGUUCGAAGAGAACGUUGAGAUUGCAAAGGACUCGCGACACUAUGACCCCGCCAACCCGGGGCCCCAAAAACUUACUGAGGUGAUUAACCGCACCCAUGAGAACGUGAAGUACCUUGCAGGAAUUCAGUUGCCGGCCAACCUCCACGCAAACCCCUCUCUUGAGGAUGCCGUCAAGGACAGCACCAUCCUCGUUUUCAACCUCCCCCACCAGUUCAUCCACAAGACUUGCCAGCAAAUCCAAGGCAAGAUUCUGCCUUACGCUCGUGGUAUUUCCUGCAUUAAGGGUGUCGAUGUCACAGAAGAUGGUGUCCACCUCUUCUCAGAGACCAUUGGCAAGUCCCUCGGCAUCUACUGUGGUGCCCUUUCUGGUGCCAAUAUCGCCAACGAGGUCGCCCAGGAGAAGUGGUCCGAGACCACUGUUGCCUAUGACCCUCCACACAUGGACUCCAAGGCUCCCACCCCACAACUUUCGCCCUCGGGCUCCCAAGUAAACCUGGUCGAGUUUGAGCACAAGGAUGUGUCGGGUAAUCUGUCCGACGUCAAGUUGCAGGCACUGCCUUCGGACUACCCUCCCAUCGACCACUCUGUUCUCAAGUCCCUCUUCCACCGCUCAUACUUCCACGUGCGCGUCGUGAAUGACGUCGCCGGUGUGUCUAUCAGCGGUGCCUUGAAGAACAUUGUCGCUAUUGCUGCCGGUUGGGUUAUCGGUAUGGGCUGGGGUGACAACGCCAAGUCCGCUGUGAUGCGUGUUGGAUUGAAGGAGAUGGUUCUUUUCGGUGAUUUGUUCUUCGGUGCCACCAUUGACCAGCGCACCUUCACCGAGGAGAGUGCCGGUGUGGCCGAUCUUAUUACCAGUUCCAGCAGCGGCCGCAACUACCGUUGUGCCAAGCUUAGCGUCGAGCGCAACCAGUCGAUCGAGGAGGUUGAGAAGACAGAGCUUAACGGCCAAAGUCUUCAGGGUACCUUGACCGCCAUGGAGGUCAACAAGUUCCUGAAGAAGAAGGGCAUGGAGGACAAGUUCCCUCUUUUCACCGCCGUCUUCCGCAUUCUUGAGGGUAGCAUGAAGGUUGCAGAUAUCCCUGCGUAUAUCGAGCGCCCUCCAGUGCCGCGUACUUCGAAUUCUUCUUCUGAGACUCCUGGCGAGAAUGGCGAUAGCGAAGGCGCUCGGUUUGCUGCCCGACUUUGA